UGCUGGUGUGAGGAGGAGAGCAGCAUUUCAAUGAGGGACGGGCUAAUGCAAAUCACUGCAAUAGCAGCAGAGAGAAACCAGCUGCAGCCUCUACUCAGCAGAUCAGCAGCAGCUCAUCCAGUCAGGGGGGCAACAGACACACAACAAAGACACUCAGCCUGUCUGCCGGCACCAUACCAACUACCCUCAGUCACAGCCUGUCCACAUUGAUCUGCACCGAGACCCUCUCAAGAACACGCUCACAGGGGAAAAAGCAAAAAAAAAGCAAAUAGAAUAAUGAAUAUGUCAUUUGGGAGAGACAUGGAACUUGAACAUUUUGAUGAACGGGAUAAAGCUCAAAGAUACAGCAAAGGAUCUCGGGCGAAUGGACUCCCUAGUCCUACCCAUAGUGCCCACUGCAGCUUUUACCGAACCCGUACCUUGCAAGCUUUGAGCUCGGAGAAGAAAGCCAAGAAAGUUCGGUUUUAUCGCAAUGGUGAUCGAUAUUUUAAAGGAAUCGUCUAUGCCAUUUCCCCUGACCGUUUUAGAUCUUUCGAGGCUCUCUUGGCCGACUUGACCAGGACUCUAUCCGAUAAUGUGAAUCUACCACAAGGUGUGAGAACUAUCUACACAGCAGAUGGUGCCAGGAAAAUAACUUCAUUGGAUCAGCUGAUGGAAGGUGAGAGCUAUGUGUGUGGAUCAAUCGAACCUUUCAAAAAACUGGAAUACACAAAGAAUGUAAAUCCUAACUGGUCUGUGAAUGUGAAGGCCACCACUCCGACUCGUGCUGUGCAACCACUUGCCUCCUCCAAACCCAGCACAUCUGAUGGCAAAGAGGGCAAAGAUUUCAUCAGGCCAAAGCUCGUUACCAUCAUUAGGAGUGGCGUGAAACCACGCAAGGCUGUCCGGAUCCUCCUGAACAAGAAGACGGCUCAUUCCUUUGAGCAGGUCCUCACAGAUAUAACUGAUGCCAUAAAACUCGAUUCAGGAGUGGUGAAGCGUUUAUAUACACUUGACGGAAAACAGGUUAUGUGCCUUCAGGAUUUCUUUGGCGAUGAUGACAUUUUUAUUGCCUGCGGACCAGAAAAGUUCCGUUACCAAGAUGAUUUCUUGCUGGAUGAGAGCGAGUGCCGCGUUGUGAAGUCCACUUCAUACACCAAGCUUCCUGGCGUGCCACGCAGAAGUACCACCAAGAGUCCAGGCCCAUCGCGGCGCAGCAAGUCACCUGCAUCAACAAGCUCAGUUAAUGGAACCCCAGGGAGCCAGCUCUCUACCCCACGCUCCGGAAAAUCACCAAGUCCAUCACCGACCAGCCCCGGGAGUCUGCGCAAACACAGGGGCUCCCAGCACAGUGGUUCUUCUACAUCCUUAGCUUCCACCAAAGUGUGCGGUUCCAUGGAUGAGAAUGAUGGCCUAGUAGACGAUAUUUUAGAUGAAGGAUUUCAAGUUCCAGUCUCUAUUGCAGAACGAUAUAAAGUAGGACGGACCAUAGGAGAUGGAAAUUUUGCGAUUGUCAAAGAAUGUAUAGAAAGGUCGACUGGGAGAGAAUAUGCGCUGAAAAUCAUUAAUAAAGGAAAAUGUAGGGGAAAGGAACACAUGAUCCAGAAUGAAGUUUCUAUUCUGAGGAGGGUGAAACACCCUAAUAUUGUUCUGCUGAUUGAAGAGAUGGACAUGCCAACUGAAUUGUACCUUGUGAUGGAACUUGUCAAGGGUGGAGAUCUCUUUGAUGCUAUCACCUCUACUAACAAGUACACCGAGCGGGACGCCAAUGGAAUGCUGUAUAACCUAAUGAGCGCCAUUAAAUAUCUGCACAGCUUGAAUAUCGUCCACCGAGAUAUUAAACCAGAGAAUCUGUUGGUCUAUGAACAUCAAGAUGGUAGCAAAUCUCUUAAACUUGGUGACUUUGGACUUGCAACUGUGGUGGAUGGACCUCUAUAUACUGUGUGUGGGACUCCGACCUACGUAGCUCCAGAAAUAAUUGCAGAAACCGGGUACGGCUUGAAGGUGGAUAUCUGGGCUGCUGGAGUAAUCACUUACAUCCUGCUAUGUGGCUUUCCACCAUUCCGUGGCAGCGGAGAUGACCAGGAAGUGCUCUUUGAUCAAAUUCUAAUGGGACAAGUGGAUUUUCCAUCUCCUUAUUGGGACAAUGUUUCAGAUUCUGCAAAGGAACUCAUCACCAUGAUGCUUCAGGUAGAUGUUGAUCAGCGAUUUUCUGCUCUGCAAGUUCUUGAGCACCCAUGGGUCAAUGACGACGGUUUGCCAGAAAACGAAUAUCCCCUGUCAGUGGCUGGAAAGAUUAAGAAACACUUCAACACUGGUCCCAAACCCAACAGCACUUCCGCAGGAGUCUCUGUCAUAGCACUGGACCACGGGUUUACCAUCAAGCGAUCAGGGUCUUUGGACUACUACCAACAACCAGGAAUGUAUUGGAUAAGACCACCGCUCUUGAUAAGGAGAGGCAGGUUUUCAGACGAAGACGCCACCAGGAUGUAAAGAGUCGGUUCAACGCCCAGCCGCCUGCACCGGAAUUUAAUUCAGAAUCGGAGGACUAUUCACCAAGCUCAUCUGAGACUGUUCGCUCGCCUAACUCACCGUUUUAAGGAAACACUUUAAACAUGUCUUGGCCUAACCCUUUGAGACCGAAUGGAAACCUAGAAAUCUUGAAUGGACAUUAAAAACCUAGUAAUGUUUGCAGAUGUGAAUGGGAGAACAAAGUACUGGUGACCAUUCCCGUGUCCUACAGAGAUCUUCAGCAGUCAUUUAUCGAAAAUGUGUGUAAAACAAAGCAUUACUAAAAUGUACUGAAUACAAUAAUUGCAUCCUGGACUGUUGUCUGCAGUCACAGCUCAUUGAUGGGAUGGAUUCAUAGAAAUCAUUUAGUCUUUCAUGGGGAAACAACAAUAUUUUUCAAACAGAAAAAAAACAGAAGUAGAAUAGGACAAAGGGCUAUAAACCACACCAUAGCAACACAAUAGAGAGUCAAAACCAGUGUAAUUCCUAAUUUUGUGGCACGCAGAGCCAUGGGAAUGUGUACUGGGGAUUAGUAUUGUAGUAUUUGCAUUUUUUAAUUUUAUUUAUUUAGUACAUUUAGGUGAGGAGGUUACAAUGCCUCAGACACUGGC